UUUCAACUUGAUAAUUCAGAUUGCUCUUUUCAAUUCCCUUUCUUCAAGCUUCACCUUUUUCCAGAAGAAGAGAGGGAAAGAGGAUAAUUAACCAACAUGCCGAAGAACAAGGGGAAGGGAGGAAAGAACAGAAAGAGAGGAAAGAAUGAAGCAGACGAUGAGAAGCGUGAGCUCGUCUUCAAGGAAGACGGGCAGGAAUAUGCCCAAGUGCUCAGAAUGCUCGGCAAUGGCCGUUGUGAAGCCACGUGCAUUGACGGGACCAAACGCCUUUGUCACAUCCGGGGAAAGAUGCACAAAAAGGUUUGGAUUGCAGCAGGGGACAUCAUUCUCGUCGGUCUCCGUGACUAUCAGGACGACAAAGCCGAUGUGAUCCUCAAGUACAUGCCCGAUGAGGCCAGGCUUCUCAAGGCCUAUGGUGAGCUGCCUGAGAGCACUCGUCUUAACGAGGGCAUUGCUGGAGGUCUCGAGGAUGAAGAUGAAGGUGCCGGUGAUGAUUACAUCGAGUUUGAGGAUGAAGACAUUGAUAAGAUAUAGGUGUGAUUCCAGUUUGUCUGGAGUUUUUUGUUGUUAUAAAGUGCUGUGCUUGGUGCCUAUCGGCCAAAAGUUAUAAAUCAUUAUUUAUAAGUUGUACUUCAUAAAAUCUGGAUAUUUUUCAGGCUGUGUGCUUGUCGUGAUUGCUGUAACAUCUGCUCUUACUAAUAGAUGUACCGUGUUUGUACCUUUCUUUUGGCAAAUACUAUUUAUUUCUGAUGCCUAUGUA